AUGGAAGCUAAUAAUCUUACAGGUUCUAUACCAUUCUCGGUCUUCAACAUUUCUGGAAUUGAAGUCAUUGGAUUUACACAGAAUACCUUAUCAGGAAAUCUUCCUGCAAAUAUGUGUGAUCGACUUCCAGCGUUGACGGGGCUUCACCCGAGUCUCAACAAGCUACAAGGUCAAAUGCCUCUGAGCUUGCCAAAUUGUUCGAAACUUCAAAUAUUGUCUUUAUCUUCUAAUGAGUUUGAUGGACCCAUACAUCGGGAAAUUGGACGUUUAAGUAGCAUGCAGAAUUUGUAUCUUGGAAAGAUCCACUUGAAAGGGAGAAUUCCACAAGAAAUCGGGAUUUUUGAUAGUUUGGUGAACUUAGAGAUAUCGAGAAACCAGCUUACCGGUCAGAUCCCCAUAUCCAUAUUCAAGAUCUCCUCACUGAAGUCAUUGGCAUUGGCUGAAAACAAUCUCUUUGGACCCUUGUCAAGGGAGGUUGGCAACUUGACCAAAUUGCAGUAUCUACUUCUUAGUGAAAAUAUGCUUACAGGAUUAUUUCCCACGUCUUUGGAGAAGCUUCAAAAUCUCAAGUAUUUCAACGGUUCUUUCAAUAAGUUAGUUGGUGAAAUCCCCUCGAGCGGUCCAUUCAAGAACCUCUCCGGUCAGUCUUUCAUAUCCAAUGAAGCAUUGUGUGGUUCUCCAAGAUUCCUGUGUAUAAGAGGUAAAAGAAAGCAAGCAGUCGAUUCAUCGUAUGUCGUCUCAACAAGAGGAAGAAUUUCAUACUAUGAAUUGCUCCGAGCAACUGAUUCACUCAGUGAGAGUAAUUUGAUUGGUUCUGGGAGUUUCGGCUCUGUUUACAAAGGAAUCCUCAGAGAAGGGACUUCUAUUGCAGCUAAAGUUUUCAAUCUGCAAUUACAAGCGGCAUUUAGGAGUUUUGAUACAAAAUGCCAAUUUUUACGCAACCUCCGUCAUAGGAAUCUCACCAAAGUCAUCACUAGUUGUUCAAACCUUGAAUUUAAGGCUUUGGUACCAGAGUACAUGUCCAAUGGGAGCCUCGAUAAGUGGUUAUAUUCGCACAACUACUCCUUAUACAUCAACCAUCAUGAUAUUUAG